GCCAUUUUCAGACCCAUAAAACGAAAUGCAAAAUUUUCUUUUAAACCCCUUUCUUCCAUUAUAAAGCCCAUCAAACAGAACCCUAAUUCAACACCCUUUUCUCACGGAUUCUCUCAUUUUCUCUCUCCACAAACACUCUAUGGAAGCUCUCAACCUUUUCAAGUUCUGGAGACCCACUAACAAUACCCAGAAAGAGAUUCCAAAUCCUGUUAUGGAAUUUGAGGAAGGAGAAGAUUCUUUCUUUGAUUUGAAGCUUCCUUUGCGUGACCACCCAGAAGAGAAAAUCGUCGUGGAUAAUGCUGGAUUUGCUUCCGGUGACGAGAAACCGGCGAGGAUCGAGCUGAUCAACGUUCUCCGGCCGACUCUGUCCCUGUCUCCUACGGAUAAUUUCUCCAGAAGAAAAAUCAUCCCCAUUGAAUCCAGCUCUCCUAUUGCUCUGUUGAAAUCUGCACCCAAGUUUCGAGUUUUUGCUUCGAAGAAGUUGACGAAAUCAACGGCGACAGCAGAGAAAUCGGAGAGGAUGAAGUUCGCCGGCGUUUCUAAGGAGACUCCAAAGCAUGAGAAGCUAGGAGGUCCGAAGCUUCCAAUCUUCAUGAGGGGAAACAGUCUGAGAAAAACGGAAAGCAUUUCGUGGAAGACGAAAACAGAGGAGUUAUUCAGAGACGAUUCCUCGAAGCGAUUCUCCAAAGACGUGAUACACAAAUACUUGAAUAGAUUGAAAGCGUCGAAAAAGCAAACAGAGAAAUCGAAAUCCUCCGGUGACGUAUCAAUCCCAUCUCCGGCGUCUUCACCCGCAACGAUGUAUUCUACAAAAGAGAAACAGAGGUGCAAGACAGCAGGGAUCCGGGGUGUGUGCAAGCACUUGGGUAAGAGCAAAUCAGCCUCGGCUACGGCGUCUCAGAUGAGCCGGAGAGACGACUCGCUUCUGCUGCAGCAUGACGGGAUCCAGAGCGCCAUUCUCCAUUGCAAGACAUCCUUCAACUCAUCAAGAGGAUCUUCAUCAAUGUCAAGUGAUUCUUCAUUGGAGAAAUUAAGCAAUGCAUCUUCCACCGAUUCUUCUAUGUUAUCAAGAUUUUCUACUGAUUCUGCUUUUGAGAAACUUCACUGAGGACGGAAAUCCAGUUUUCAUAGAUUUUCUAGAGAGGAACAACGCGGGAAACAGAGUACUUCCUUCUUUUCUCUUUUUUGAACGCUAUAGCGAGCGGAAACAGUGAUGUAAAAAAUGAAAUGAAAGGUUGUUGAUGAUGAAUUGUAGUUUUGAAGUGGAAUAGAUGAGAAUAGAUUCACCUGUAAAGUUGUUCAAUUAUAAUGAAAAGAGUUUGUACUGAAAUUGCAGAAUUAGAAAAUUAUCAUUGGAUAGGAAAUAACCUCAAAUUUGAAGG